AUGGGCAAACCUGAAAAGUGGUUAAAUACCUGGGGCAAUACACCCACCGGGGUGGCCAUCUGCAACCAGGUAUCGUGGAUGUGGAUGAUCGCGAUGUACGCUUCAUGCUGUAUUAACCAUCUUGUUGAACUAAAUCCGCUACCGCGGCUGCCUCUACCCAAAAGCUUCGACAAAGUUUACAAGCUCCUGCAACAGCAAGUGAUCCUGCGCGGACAGAGUCAAAGUACCUUCAAUAACUACAUCCGCCAAAUUGCUUUAAUCAGUCUCCACUUUAACUGUUUGCCAGAUCAGAUCAGCGAUGACCAGCUCACCGAAUAUCUCACGGCAUUAGCUGUUGAAAAAAAAUCACCCUCACGCAGCAGUUUUAAACACAUGAUCUACGGGCUUCGCUAUUAUUUUCGCCUCACCGGUGAUAAUCAUCGGGCCAUUAACCUGCCAUCAUUAAAGAAUGAUACCCGGCUCCCGGUCAUUCUCAACUAUUCGGAACUGCGGGAAUUGUUUGCUGCCCCAACACUUUUAAAGCACCGCAUUAUACUGACCCUUAUCUAUUCGGCCGGUCUGCGAGGAAGGGAAGUGAUCAACCUGAAAAUUUCAGAUGUCGAUUUUGAACGCAAAACCAUCCAUAUCCGGCAAAGUAAAUAUAAAAAGGAUCGCAUCGUACCACUUUCCCAGGUCAUGGCACGCGGAUUAAAAAAGUACCUGGCUGCUGAACAGCCGCACAUUUACCUGUUCAAUGGCAAAAAACCGGACCAGCAGUAUAGCGAAAAAGGUCUGGGUUGGGUGAUGCGUGAAGCACUAAAAAAGGCCUCCAUCCAAAAACAGGUUUCGCUGCAUUCCCUCCGGCAUAGUUAUGCGACUCAUUUGCUCGAACAAGGCGUUAAUAUUGUGACCGUUCAAAAGUUGCUGGGCCAUGCCCAAAUCACCACGACCAUCAUCUACCUGCACGUCGCCCAAUUAUCUGUGAUGUCGGCACACAGUCCGCUGGAUACACUUUACAAACAGGCCUUAUGA